AUGGGCGAUCGUUUAAAAGAGCUGUUUAUUACCGUGUGUACGAUGGGUAAAAGCUUACCGGCGGAAUAUUUAGGCUUUGAGCCUGUGGCUUUGAAUAACGACAAAUCUUUCAGUGUUAGCCGAUCCAAGACCAAGGCUGCUCGAGUGUCUACCGAUAAUAGAUCAUCUAAUCAUGUAAGUUCAGUACAGAAAA